UUCGUGGCAAAAAAUGUCUCUGCAGCGAGCAAUAGUUACCGAUUUUCCACGCAAAAACAACAAAUGGAUUAGCCCUUCAAAAAAAGGGAAGAUGUCGCAAGGUUUAACCUCGCUACAGGGCGGUGCUAAUAAGGUAUUUAUUCAACGCGAUUACAGCGAAGGUACCUCGGUCAAAUUCCACACACGACUGCCCAGCGAACUGGAAGGACUGGUUGAGCGACAGGCAUUUGAGUCGACCAUCAAUAGGCUAAAUGAAUUCUUCGCAGAGGCGGAAAAAGGUUCUUGCAGUACUUACUGUGAAGGUUGCAUUGGCUGCAUCACCGCCUAUCUAGUGUAUAUGUGUUCGGAAACACACUAUGAAAAGACACUUCGCAAAAUUUCCAAAUUCAUUGCUUCCCAAAAUGAGCGCAUUUACAAUCCGAAAGGAUUACAAGUGAUCGAUCCCACGUACCGAGGUUUGCGCGUCAUAGAAAUAUCUGUGUUAGAUCGUCCAGGACGGACGUGACUUCCACUUUCUCAUUCGACCGAAGAGUUUUUCAUGUGAAAAUGUGUGCGAGAGCAACGUUUGCGACAGACAAAUAAAAACGAUAAAAAAACGUUACCAAAUUUAACGCCGAUUAUUCACAGAUUUAUAAUGUUCUAGCAUUUUUCACGGCUGUACUGGAUCAGCAAGAGCAAGCCAAUUAUAAUUUAACAAAUUUAGUUACAUCUACUUGUAGUUAUAUUACGUACGACCUACUUAACAUAGUUGAAUAUGUAGAGUAAGAUGCAAAUGCGAAACAACGCCAUUGGCCGCUGCCGAAGAGCCGGAAAAAAUCAAAAAAUUCAGAUAAAUUAAACGCUUAAAUCCAAUAUUUGUAUACAAAUAUAAAUUAAAUUAAGCAACUAUUGCAUUUCGUGCGCUGGUUUACAUUACAUAUACUGAAUUUAUGACCCCAAAAGUCAAGCAGUUAAAUAGGUUAUGGCCGCAUAGAUACAGGGGAAAGCCCAUUCGUUUAUGCUGCAUAAAAAAUUUCAAUAGCAACGUCAUAUAUUUAUUAAAAAAAUAUAACCAGCAAAGCUACGGCUCUUCAAAUUGUAAAUUAAAUUUCAUAAGCUAACCAUAGUGUUUCAUGUAAAUCAGUUGUAUGCAUAUUUAUACAAACUGUUUAGUAAAAUGGUAAACAUACGAACAUUCAAACGAAUAGUAUGCGUAAGUCACUAACUAAAAUUGAACAGUAUACUGGAAAAUUUAAUGUUUAAGCGUUGGUAGUUAAACGUAUGAAAUGUGUUUACUACUUAAGCUGAUGAAUUUAUUUAAAAAAUAUACUAAUAAAAAUGAAAUGAUAUUGAAUUGAAA